AUGGGCCGACGUCGAGGACGAGGAGGAACAGGUGGCAUGAAGCAAGCUAGCAGUCAAGGCGUACGGCGUACAGACUCUCCCGCACUCAGUCCCUGUCUUCCUGUUUCCAACCAAGGACCAACAGCAGAGAAACCGGGGGAGAGAGAGAGAGCGAGUGAACAAAACGGCAGAGACGAAGACAGACAGAUCGCCAGAUCUUGCCGCGCACAGGGGGCGGGAUGGUGCUUCGACUUUGAGGCGUUCAAGAAGCAAUACCUGGCAACGCAGUGCGCCCUGACGCUGAAGACGCCCGUCCCCGUCCCAGAACUUCAUUAG